AACAGUAGGCGGGGCCAGACUUACGUUCCGUACACGUUGUGGGAAGGAAGUUUCAUCACAAAGUAAUCUGUUAGCUACUCAGUUCUUUGAAAAAAUUUGGACUGAACUGUUAGCGAUGCCUUCCUUGAACGGGAAAGCCGAUGUUAUAUUUGAAGAAGAUGACCUGCCUUAUGAGGAGGAGAUCAUCAGGAAUCCGUACUCGGUGAAGUGCUGGAUGCGCUACAUCGAGUUCAAACAGAAUGCCUCCAAAUCAGUGCUCAACAUGAUCUAUGAGCGAGCUUUGAAAGAGCUACCGGGCAGUUAUAAGCUUUGGUACAACUACUUGAGAGAAAGAAGGAAACAGGUGAAGGGGAAAUGCAUAUCAGACCCAUCCUAUGAGGAGAUCAACAACUGUCAUGAAAGAGCAUUGGUUUUCAUGCACAAGAUGCCAAGGAUUUGGCUGGAUUACUGUCAGUUCUUGGUGUCUCAGUCUAAGAUCACCAGGAGUCGCCGCUCAUUUGACCGAGCCCUGAGAGCUCUGCCCAUCACCCAGCACUGCCGUGUCUGGCCCUUAUACCUCCGCUUUGCCAGGAACCUGCCCUUGCCUGAGACUGCCAUUACAGUAUACCGCCGGUACCUCAAGCUCUCACCUGAGAACGCUGAGGAAUACAUUGAUUACCUGCAUUCAGUCGGGCGUCUGGAUGAGGCAGCGGUGCGUCUAGCAGCCAUUGUGAAUGACGAGAACUUUGUUUCCAAGGAGGGCAAAUCUAACUACCAGCUGUGGCACGAGAUGUGCGACCUGAUCUCCCAGAACCCAGACAAGGUGAAGUCGCUCAAUGUGGGUGCCAUCAUCCGUGGAGGCCUCACACGCUUCACAGACCAGCUGGGAAAGCUCUGGUGCUCCCUGGCAGAUUACUACAUCCGCAGCGGCCAUUUUGAGAAGGCAAGAGACGUGUAUGAGGAGGCCAUUCAGACGGUGGUGACCGUGCGUGAUUUCACCCAGGUGUUCGACAGCUAUGCCCAGUUUGAGGAGAGCAUGAUUGCAGCUAAGAUGGAGACCAACUCAGAAAUGGGAAAGGAUGAAGAUGACGACAUAGACCUGGAGCUGAGGCUGGCCCGCUUCGAGCAGCUGAUCACCCGCCGGCCCCUUCUGCUCAACAGCGUGCUGCUGAGACAGAACCCGCACAACGUGCACGAAUGGCACAAGAGAGUCAAACUGUACGAGGGCACACCCCACCAGAUCAUCAACACGUAUACUGAGGCUGUGCAGACGGUGGACCCUAUGAAGGCCACAGGGAAGCCACACUCGCUCUGGGUCUCCUUCGCCAGGUUCUACGAGGACAAUGAACAACUAGAUGAUGCACGGACCAUCUUUGAGAAGGCCACCAAGGUGAACUACAAGGUGGUGGAUGAUCUGUCGGGUGUGUGGUGUGAGUAUGGCGAGAUGGAGUUGCGGUACGAGAACUACGACGCUGCGCUGCACAUACUCAGGAAAGCCACAGCCAUUCCGGCAAGGAAAGCUGAAUACUUUGAUGCAUCGGAGCCUGUGCAAAAUCGAGUGUACAAGUCUCUUAAAGUUUGGUCAAUGUUGGCUGACCUAGAGGAGAGUCUUGGCACUUUCCAGUCCACAAAGGCUGUUUAUGAUCGCAUCAUUGACCUGCGGAUAGCCACCCCUCAGAUCAUCAUUAAUUAUGCUAUGUUCCUGGAAGAGCACAACUACUUUGAAGAGAGCUUCAAGGCGUACGAACGUGGCAUUGCUCUGUUCAGGUGGCCUAAUGUAUAUGACAUCUGGAACACAUAUCUCACCAAAUUCAUCGAUCGCUAUGGAGGAAAGAAGCUGGAGAGAGCACGAGACCUUUUCGAGCAAUCCUUAGAUCGCUGCCCUCCAAAGUUCGCCAAAACCAUAUAUCUGCUGUACGCAAAGCUGGAAGAGGAGUACGGCCUUGCGCGCCAUGCGAUGGCCGUGUACGAGAGAGCCACAGAGGCUGUGGAUACGGGCGAGCGCCAUCAAAUGUUCAACAUCUACAUCAAGAGAGCAGCCGAGAUAUACGGCGUCACCCACACCAGACCCAUUUACCAGAAGGCCAUAGAGGUCCUUCCAGACGAGCACUCCAGAGAUAUGUGUCUGCGCUUCGCCGACAUGGAGAGCAAGCUGGGCGAGAUUGAUCGCGCCAGGGCCAUCUAUUCCUACUGCUCCCAGAUAUGCGAUCCCAGGAUUACGGCAACCUUCUGGCAGGCAUGGAAGGAGUUUGAGAUUCGCCAUGGCAACGAGGACACCAUCCGCGAGAUGCUUAGGAUCAAGCGAAGCGUCCAGGCCACGUACAACACGCAGGUCAACUUCAUGUCCUCUCAGAUGCUCAAGGCCACCAUCAAUGCGAACACAGUGUCCGACCUUGCCCCGGGCCAGGGUGGAGUCGAUGACAUGAAGAUGCUGGAACAGAGGGCACAGCAGCUGGCUGCAGAGGCCGAGCAAGACAAACCCAAGCUCAAAGAGAAGAUCCUCUUCGUCAGGAGUGACACAUCUCGUAGCGAACUUGCCGAACUGACCAAACAGGUCAAUCCAGAUGAGAUUGACAUUGAUGAUGAUGAGGACGAGGAUGAAGAUCAGGACGCAGAGCCCGAAGAGGUGCAGCUGGAGCAGAAGACUGUCCCCUCUGCUGUCUUUGGAGGUCUGAAGGACGACUGAUUAAACAACACACUCUGUCCUCCCAACAGUAUUUCUCACUGUUGAAGUCCACUAAUCACCAGACUUUAGAGAGCCACCCCAAAAUCAUGUGGGCCUGAUUCUGUCAAAGGUUUUACAACGUAAAAUACUUUUUUCCCAGAUUUGUAUUGAUGUAGUACCAGUUGUUGUACACAUGAGGGCACUGUUUGCUGUUCAUUGAGUUGUGUACAUUGGCAUGCGCUACUUCCAUUAAAUGUGUUGUCGGCGUCAA